AUCUGCGACGUACACCGCGGGAUCCUUAACUCGCUGAGCAAGGCCCCCUCGUCCUCGUGGAUACUAGUUGGGUUCGUUAACCACUGAGCCACUCCGGGAACUCCACUCUUCCUUCUUUGUAGUUUUCAGGGUAGAGAAGUCUUGCUCAAAAAGCUGCAGGAGGACACAGCCCAGCUGAGCUUGUUAUUAGAGCAGCACAUCCUGAAGUGGCAGAGAGCCCUGGAAACACCUCCCUGGUGUACUUUAAGGAAAACUCAUCAGGACUAUUGCUUCUGGAAAGCUGUGUAAAUGCAAUAAUCAGUGUUCUGGUUCUGAUGUUGAUUGAACUGUUCAUCAGAUUAAUUCUACAGCUAAGGUGGGAACCUCUGUUUUGAUCUCUGGCUUCUUUCAGAUUCUGUUGGGCUGGGAGGCCCUUGAGGAUGCUGAAAAGAUGAGCCCUAUAGUUAAUUAGCAUCACAAAGGGCUAGGUGGAGUUGUUUAGAGAAGUCUUUGUGUUUUGCCUCAUUAAGUGGCCCAGCUCUUAGUUUGGAGUCAAGGGCUCCAGAAUGAGCCACAGAACUUGGUUCCUACCCUCCAGGAGCUGGCUAUGGGGAAAGGGGGCAUCAAUAACAUUUUUCAUAAACAGCCAUCCCUGGGGUGGUGCAGCGAAUUUCUGCAUAGUUUCUCUUUGCCCAUUGGCUACACCAGGCCACUUGACCUUUCCUUCCCUAGCUCAGUUUCAUUGCUUUUUACUUAUUUACAGCCUUCAAAUAAUUUGUUUCUCACAAUGGUUUGUGGCUGUCAGGCAGAAAGCUACUAGGUGCAAAUGAUCUGAUGAAAAGCUCAGCCCAGAAUAACUAUAGUUAGUAUGUAUAGACUGUCAGAAUUAAUUUUUGCUUGCCCUUGAUAUUUUUCUUUUCUUUUCUUUCUUUUUUGACUGUUGUAAUAUGUCCAUCCUUCACUCUUGACCUUUAAACUCACCUUUUGUUGGACACUUGUUUUCGAGGUCGUGAUGUCUGGGGAGACGGAUGUGGAGUGUCAGCAGUCUCAUGGCAGUGCCUCCCCACAGCCCCACGCCAGCGGUGCCUGCUCACAGUCCCAAGGUGGCUUCUCGCAGUCCCACGGUCCCUUCUCACAGCCACAUGGCUCCUCUUCACAGACCCAGGGCACGUCUGGCUCUUCCACCAGCACAGUGCCCACGUCCAGCCAGUCCUCUCACUCCAGCUCAGGCACCCUGAGCUCCUUAGAAACAGUGUCUACUCAGGAACUCUAUUCUAUUCCUGAGGACUCAGAACCUGAGGAGCCUGUCCCUGCCCCUUGGGCUCGAUUAUGGGCCCUCCAGGAUGGAUUCUCUAAUCUUGAGUGUGUUAACGACAGCUACUGGUUUGGGAGGGAUAGAAACUGUGAAUACUGCUUUGAUGAGCCCCUGCUGAAAAGAACCGAUAAGUAUCGGACUUACAGCAAGAAGCACUUUCGAAUCUUCAGAGAAAUGGGUCCUAAAAACUCUUACAUCGCAUACAUAGAAGAUCACAGUGGGAAUGGAACCUUUGUAAAUAGAGAACUUGUAGGGAAAGGAAGACGCCUUCCUUUGAAUAACAAUUCUGAAAUUGCACUUUCAGUGUGGAGUAAUAAAGUUUUUGUAUUUUUUGAUCUGACUGUAGAUGAUCAGUCAGUUUAUCCAAAGGAAUUAAGAGACGAAUACAUCAUGUCGAAAACUCUUGGAAGCGGUGCCUGUGGUGAGGUGAAACUAGCUUUUGAGAGGAAAACUUGUAAGAAAGUAGCCAUAAAGAUCAUCAGUAAAAGGAAGUUUGCUAUUGGCUCUGAGAGAGAGGCAGAUCCAGCACUCAAUGUUGAAACAGAAAUAGAAAUUUUGAAGAAACUAAAUCACCCUUGUAUCAUCAAGAUUAAAGACUUUUUUGAUGCUGAAGAUUAUUACAUCGUUUUGGAAUUGAUGGAAGGAGGAGAGCUGUUUGACAGGGUGGUGGGGAAUAAACGCCUGAGAGAAGCAACCUGCAAACUCUAUUUUUACCAGAUGCUCCUGGCUGUCCAGUACCUUCACGAAAAUGGCAUCAUACAUCGGGACUUAAAGCCAGAGAAUGUUCUACUCUCAUCUCAAAAAGAGGACUGUCUUAUAAAGAUUACUGAUUUUGGGCAGUCCAAGAUUUUGGGAGAGACCUCUCUCAUGAGAACCUUAUGUGGUACCCCCACCUACCUGGCUCCCGAGGUUCUUAAUUCCUUGGGAACUGCCGGAUAUAACCGUGCUGUGGACUGCUGGAGUUUAGGAGUUAUUCUUUUCAUUUGCCUUAGUGGGUAUCCACCUUUCUCUGAGCAUAAGAGUCAAGUGUCACUGAAGGAUCAGAUCACCAGUGGAAAAUACAACUUCAUUCCUGGAGUCUGGGCAGAAGUCUCAGAGAAGGCUCUGGACCUUGUCAAGAAGUUGUUGAUAGUGGAUCCAAAGGCACGUUUUACGACAGAAGAAGCUUUAAGACAUCCAUGGCUUCAGGAUGAGGACAUGAAGAGAAAAUUUAAGAAUUUGCUUUUUGAAGAAGACAAGUCCACAGCUCUGUCUCAGGUUCCAGCCCAGCCUUCUACAAGUCGAAAGCGGCAUCUUGAGGGGGAUACAGAGGAUGCUGAGCCCACAAAGCACCUGGCUGUGUGUGCUGCUGUCUUGUGAACACCGGGUGACCAUGAAAAGAAUGUACCUUCUUGAACUCUGCUGCCAUUUCCUUUAAAUCUGUUUUUUAUACUUUGUAUUUCCAUUAUAGGAAUAGUUGUUUUUCCACGAUCAUCAAUAUACAAUUGAAAACAAAUGGAA